ACCGUUCAGCCAAAUCACUCUCCACCUUUAGAUCACAGAAUCUUCUUCUCUCUCGCACACCCACUCUUCCUUCUUCUUCAUCAUUCCCAAAUUUCAACUUCAAAUUUCAUUUCCCUCUUUCAUUUUCAACUUCAUUUCCCUUUUCAAACCCUAGAAAACUUCACCGAACUCAAUUUCCACAAAUUCUUCAUCAAAUUCCUUCAUUCAUCGCUACAAUGCCGUUUCUAUCAGAGGCUGCAAGCGCGAUUAAAACCAGAUUCGGAUUCCACAAUCAUCCAUCCGAACAAAUUUCGUUGAUUCAGAACACUCCAGAUCUUGUGAAAUCUUCGGUUAAAGAUAAUAAUCUGUUUCAAAGCUCUGCAGUUCGGAAUAUUACCGAUUGGGAUGAUGAAUCUGUUGUUGGACAAAGUAGUGCCGCGGUUUCGUCCAUGCAAAGCUUUGAAUUGUGUGAAGAUCCUUCUUUCUGGAAAGAUCAUAAUGUUCAGGUUAUUAUUAGAAUGCGUCCUCUAAGCAAUAACGAGAUAUCGGUUCAAGGAAACAGUAAAUGCGUUAGGCAAGAGAGUUGUCAGACAAUUACUUGGACUGGACCUCCUGAGGCGCGGUUUACUUUCGAUCUUGUUGCAGAUGAGACCGUUAGCCAGGAGAAUCUCUUUAAACUAGCUGGUUUACCAAUGGUAGAUAAUUGCAUGGGAGGCUACAACAGCUGCAUGUUUGCUUAUGGUCAAACUGGAAGUGGGAAGACGCACACCAUGCUCGGUGACAUUGAAGGGGGAACUAGACGACACAGUGUCAACUGUGGGAUGACACCAAGAAUUUUUGAGCACUUGUUUUCAAGAAUUCAGAAGGACAAAGAGGCCCGUAGAGAUGAGAAGUUAAAAUUCACGUGCAAAUGUUCUUUCUUGGAGAUAUACAAUGAACAGAUCCUUGAUCUUUUGGACCCUUCAUCUAACAAUCUGCAGAUAAGAGAAGACAACAAGAAAGGUGUUUAUGUGGAAAAUCUUAAGGAAGUAGAAGUUAGUAAUGCUCGAGAUGUCAUUCAACUACUUGUUCAGGGUGCCGCGAACAGGAAGGUGGCUGCUACUAAUAUGAAUCGCGCUAGCAGCCGUUCUCAUAGUGUAUUUACCUGCAUCAUUGAGAGUCAAUGGGAAUCUCAAGGAGUAACUCACUUUCGAUUUGCUCGACUCAAUCUUGUUGAUUUGGCCGGAUCCGAGAGGCAGAAGAGUUCUGGUGCUGAAGGAGAACGCCUCAAGGAAGCUACUAAUAUCAACAAGUCUCUUUCAACCUUGGGGCUUGUGAUUAUGAACCUAGUCAGUAUAUCUAAUGGGAAGUCACACCAUGUUCCUUACCGCGAUUCGAAGCUCACAUUUUUACUUCAGGAUUCUCUUGGAGGGAAUGCAAAAACUAUCAUAAUUGCAAAUAUAAGCCCCUCUAUUUGUUGCUCGCUUGAGACAUUAAGCACACUGAAGUUCGCACAACGUGCUAAAUUCAUCAAGAACAAUGCCAUUGUAAAUGAGGAUGCAUCCGGAGAUGUCAUUGCAAUGAGACUUCAAAUUCAACAACUUAAGAAAGAAGUAUCCCGUUUGCGAUCUUUAGCUGGCGGAGGAGAAAUUCAGGAUAAUGACACUUCAGUAAUUAGCUUUCCAGGUUCUCCAAUAUCGUCCUUCAAGUGGGAGGGUGCCCAAGCCCAAGGAUCGUUCAGUCCAUUAACUUCUGCUAAAAGGGUAUCUCAGAAAAAAGAUUAUGAAGUUGCCCUUGUUGGGGCCUUUAGAAGAGAAAAGGACAAAGAGAGAGCAUUGCAGGCACUGAGAGAAGAAAAUGAAGCGGCCAUGAAGCUGGUCAAGCAAAGGGAAGAUGAGAUACAAGGUUUGAAGAUGAGGCUCAAAUUUCGAGAGGCUGAAAGAAAAAGGUUAGAAGCAGUUGCUUCCGGGAAGAUUUCAGCUGAGACACACUUGCUGAGCGAAAAAGAGGAACAUUUGAAGGAAAUUGAGGUCCUGCAGGCCAAGGUGGAUCGAAGUCAAGACGUAACUAGAUUUGCUAUGGAAAAUUUGCAGCUUAAAGAAGAAAUAGGAAGGUUGAAGUCAUUUUAUGAGGGAGGUGAACGGGAACUAAUGAAUGAACAAAUCAUGGUACUUCAAAACAAGUUGUUAGAAGCACUAGAUUGGAAAUUUAUGCACGAACCCGAUAUGAAAACAAAUGCUGACACCGUGGAGGACUUGAAUAGUGAUGGCGAUCUUCUUUCAAAUAAGGAGCCAAGUCCAAAGUCACGUUGGCAAUCUUCUCUUCGGGAGGAAAAUGAGUUUCUCCGCAUUCAGGCUAUACAAAACCAGGCAGAAAUGGACACCAUUCAGAAGAGGCUAGAAGUUUGCCUUGAAGAGAAAGAAAAAUUGGAAAGGCAAGUUGAUGAUUUGAAAGCAAAAGUUGAACAAGAGAAAUCUUCAACAAGUGAAGCUACAGAAGGAAGGGAGCCAAUUGGCCCUCCAUCAAUGACUGAUAUGCCAAUUAACAUCAAUAGCCAACUUGAAUUGAAGACAAUGGUUGAUGCUAUUGCUGCUGCUAGUCAGAGAGAAGCAGAGGUUAAUGAGACAGCAAUUAUCUUGUCAAGGGAGAAUGAAGAGCUAAGGGUGAAGCUUAGAGCCCUGCUUGAGGAUAACAGUAAAUUAAUUGAACUGUAUGAACAGGCUACUGCUGAAAGUAACAGAAAUAUUACUAAAGGUGAGAAUUCUCAAGAAAUUGAAUCCAAGGUUGAAAAUAGUUACCUUCUUGAAAAAAGAGAAGAGGAGGCCACAUUGAAAAGAGUGGUCGAAGAUCUCCAACAUCAGCUCAUGGAAAUCAAUGAAGAAAACGAAAAGUUGAUGAGUUUGUAUGAAAGAGCCAUGCAAGAGAAGGAUGAUCUUAAAAGAACUCUUUCAUGUUAUGAACAUGGAAGAGUUGAAACCAAAGGAGAAUUCGACUGCAUGGAAAAGCUUGUUGAAGUCGAUGGAGGGGAAAGAGACUCGGUAGUAGGAACUGUUUCUGAGGAAGCACAAGAUAGAGGUGAUAGUAGACAUGAGGACAAUCCUACUAUAUCCGGGUCUGAUUUAUGCCUUGAACCAGAUGGACAUGAAGAACAAAAGCUUGUACAGGAGGAUAAUGAGGUUGAUAUUCUGGACAACACUGAAAAGGACACUGAGAUAGCAAAUUUCCAUGAGGCAAAGUCAUCAAUGGAAUUGAAUUGUGCUAAAGAGAAGCUUGAAAGAGUUGAUGAACAAAUCUUAGAGGCUGUCAGAACGCUUAGCUGCGCCGAAAAUGAAAUUGUACAGGUUGAUGAGCUCUCUAGAGAAAUUCAAGUGAUAGAACACGAUAUUCAGGUCAAACAUCAGCAGUUUAAAUCCUUGAACCUUGAACUUAAUGAAGCACAUAAUAGAAGAACGUUAGCUGAUAAAAAAUUAUCUGCCCUCAAAUACUCAUUGUCAAAUAUUAUGAAGCACGAGUCAUUUUCUUAUUUUGAGCAACGGGAAGCAAAGGCAAGAGCCGCUGUGAAAGACUUGGCAUCUCAUAUUGACCGAAAGAAAGGGGAGUUGGCUUCUCUUCAAGCUUCCAAACAAGGGUUGGAAAAUGCUUUAAAGAAGAACCAAGAAUCUGAAGCUGAAUUAGCCAAAAAUAUUGCAGGCAUCAAAUCCAAAUUGGAAGAAGAGAAUCGCAAGCGUGAAGGCGAAAAAGUUCUCUUUGCUAUUGAUAACACUCGAAGCGUAGAUUCAUCAGUUAAAAGUUGGCAAUUUAGUGGUAAAGCAUUUGAUUUACUCAAGUUAGAAGAAGAGAAAACAAAGCUGCAAGCAGAGAUGAAGCUUUCUCAAGAAAAAUUAGGGGUUAUUAGAAAGGAACUGGGAAAUCUAAACAAGAAGGUGGCAAAUGUAGAGAGUCAGAUACAAGCUGUUGGAUUAGAAAUACAACAAGGUUUGAAGAACACGAAGGAAAAAGAGCUUUCACUUCAACGCGCGAUGAAUGAAAAAGAAAUGUGUUUGGAGUUUAGAGAUAACGGAAUGUUGGAAAUGGAACACUUGAUCAUUGAUCUCCAUCAGUGUUUGUUUGAGUAUGAUCUAAAGGAGGCUGAAACAAAGAUUCUAGGGGAAGAAUUGCAAAUGGAUUUUUUAAGAGCUGAAGAGUUACAAGCAUCCAUGAUCAUUGCUGCAAAUAGCAAUUUCUUAUCUUCCAUGUCUUGUGUAGGCACCUUUGAGAAGGUAGAGGAGCAGAUGAGAAAUCUAAGGACAUCUAUUCAGGAAACAAAGUUAUUGUUAGAAGGCAUUUCCCAUGCCACCUAAACUAUUUUGUUCUGUGAUGUUGUAACUAGUUCUCUACUUAAUUAAAGCAUGUUUUGUUUAACGCUAAUUAUGUAUCUGCUUGAAAACAAAUUGACCCCAUUUUUUCUAAAUUGUAAGAGAACAACUCAUGGCUGUUCUCCAAACUUCAUCUGGCCCUGUGUUGUUGUGUCCCACUGUUUAAACUUUAAAGUCAUUGCAGAGAUUUAAAAUCUGUGUCGA